AUGUCCAUCUCUAUUCUCCUCACAAUCUCCGUCUUCUUCUCCGUCGCUCGCUUCCCGUCGUGUUUCUCCGUCGAUCAACAGUACGAGCAGUGCUUAUCGCCUCCGAUAUGUGGAUCUGAGGUUUUCCCGAACAACACCACUUACCCGUUCUGGGGCAAUGAACUCGGCAAACCAAAUUUCUGUGGGCAAAAAGAGUUCGAGCUUUCCUGCAAGGAUAAUCAAAUCCUAACGCUAGAGAUCCGGAAUCUCAAACUUCGCGUUGUUUCUGUGAAACCGGAUGAUAAGUCAAUCACCGUAGCAGAUGAGAGUUUGCGCGAGGGUCGCUGCCCACAGAUUAUGAACUUUAACGGAGAUGAUCAGUUCACAAAAACCCCUACCACCGAAACGAUCGAUCUCUUUCAGUGCAACGGUACUCACCAGCCAAUAUCGGUGUCGUCAAGGAUUACUUGUCAACACAGCAACGAAAGCUGGAGUACGACAUAUCUUGUCUUUGGAUCAUCUAUUCCUCCCCGAAAUUGUUUCAAGGUUGGAGAAAUUCCGAUGCUUCGUUCUGCUAAGGACGAUCUUCUCCACUCGAAUGAAACAUUGAAGAUGGCUUUACGAAAAGGAUUCGAAUUGAGGUACACUAUAGAAGAUAAGAUUUGCCUUGAUUGUUCCAGUUCCAGUGGGAUUUGUGGUUCGGAGUCAGAGUCGGGAAAUUUCCGGUGUCUAUGUCAAGACAAGCCUCACAAUUCCUCCUGUUCCAUUAACGAUGACCAAGGCUACGUGCACUUUGAGAAAGGAAUCGACUUUGCACAGAGACUUUAG